CAGACCAAUCUACAUCAGCCGAGGGAACGUGUGGACAACUGCCCUCCGACAGUUUAGUAGACGGAAAUUCACUGAGUGCACCGAUCUGCUGUAUGUCACCUUUGCCAGUGACGAAGGCACCAACGAAGAUGGAGAAGACCUCGGAGGGCCACGGCGAGAAUUCUUCCGUCUGCUUGUGAAAGCCAUCUUCAAAGAGAGUGGAGCAUUUGAAGAGUCUCUAAAUGGCUUCACUCCAAGAAUGAACAUUUCUCAUGUGCAGAAUGGAGUGUACCGCACUAUUGGACAGAUGAUGUCUACCAUCAUCGUCCAGGGUGGUGAACCUCCAGCCCUCCUUUCUCCUCUGGUAGUGGACUACCUUCUGACAGGACACAUCUUUCAGUUGAAGGUCACUCCAGAUGAUGUAGCUGACAUGGAACUGAGAGAAGCCCUGAAGAAGGUUGAUCAAGCAUUAACCACAGAGGAGCUGGAGCAAGCAGUGGAAUGCUGUGACUCAUGGAGAUACCAACUCGAAGGUCUUCCGAACCCAGUCAGCAUGGACAACAAAGAUGCAUUUGUGCAGAAUGCAAUACUUUUCCAUGUCGUCAUUCAACGACAGAGCUGCUAUGAUCAGUUAGUUGAGGGUUUGAAGUACUACGAGGUUCUGCCACUCCUGAAAGAAAGGCCUUGCCUUAGGGUCCUUCUUGAUAUGCCCGAAGAACCCAGUGAUGUCCCAGCAGAUGUUGUGGCUACCCUCCUGAAACCCAACUACUCUGUUCUGGGAAGUAACAAAAGACCAAGAGAGGAGUUAAUGGUGGUUAAAUUCAGAGAGUUUCUUCACUGUGUACAAGAGAAGGAGCUUGGGGAACAUCUUAACGGCAGGAACCUCACUGAGGCAGAAAAUGUGUUUAUCCUGACAUUGAAUCCUGGACACAUCCUAGCCUUUGCAACGGGAAGCAGCAAAGUUCCUGCAAUUGGAUUUUCUCCCAGUCCAAAACUGACUUUUGUUCAUGAUGACACGAAGCACCUCCUCAUUGCUCACACCUGCUCAAAUGAGCUUCAGAUCUUUGUUAAUAGAAAGAAUCUGGCAGAUGACGAUGAGUUUGAUUACAAUUGUCUGGUGGCUCUCAUGAAUGGAUCAAUUUUUAGUGCUGUGUAGUCUCGAAAAAAAAUGCUUGGACUGUACAUUUGGAGCCCAGAUCUUUUAAUGGGUGGACUUGUUUAGAAUCUGGUGUAGCAUGUUGUUUGAGUUAAAAUGUUGUUUCACCUAAACUCUGAUCUGAACUA